AGAAGGGGAAGUGGUUCGACACAGCUAGCUUGUAUUAGCAUUCAAAACAAAUCUGAUUUGUGUUUUUAUGCGCGGAAAAGAAAGAAAAAACAGUGCUUAAAAUGAAAGUUUUAAAGCUAAACUGAAAGCUCUUUGCUUCUGCUGUAUUUGUCUGCUUACUGUAAUUAGACACGAACUGAAUAUCUUGCCAGUCAUCCAGCUAGCUCUACGUGCUAGCUGUUUUAGCUCAGCUGUCAGCGGCUUGUUUUGUUCUGUGUUAAGUGGCAGCCCCAGUUAUAACACAUGAGUGUGUCGCUGGUCGUUAUUCGUCUGGAGUUAGCCGACCAGUCACCUUUUCCACAAGGUUUCCAGUACUGCGCUGUUGAAGGCAUGUCAGAGGAGGAGCUGCAGGAGAAAGCUCUGGGUUUAGCCAAACACAGUCUGAGUGGAAAAACCGACCUGGAAAGAUCAGCUGUGCUGCACCAGCACAUCGGCAGCAGAGCCAUGGGGGACAUGGUGAUAGAGACCUUUGAGCCCAGCCCAAACACAAGUGGACGUGAGGAGCGGAACAGUGAAAUUCAGGAUGCAAAGACUGGUGUAGACAGUCAGGAGGGUGCAGAGGAUAGGAGGUUUGCAACAGGCACAGCUCCGGACUCACCCUCCAAGCAGCUCCCGGACCAGAUCUCUUUCUUCAGCGGGAACCCAUCAGUGGAGAUCAUUCACGGUAUCAUGCACCUCUACAAGACCAACAAAAUGACAUCACUGACUGAAGAUGUCAGGCGCAGCGCUAUGGUGUGCAUCAUCACCGUCCCAGCGACCAUGACCAGCCACGACCUUAUGAAGCUCAUGGCUCCUUUUAAUGAUGUCAUGGAGCACAUGAAGAUCAUACGGGACUCUACCCCUAACCAAUACAUGGUUCUCAUUAAAUUCUGCACACAGGCAGACGCAGACAGUUUUUACACAGCAUGCAAUGGCCGCCAGUUCAACUCUAUAGAGGAAGCAGUGUGCCAGCUGGUCUAUGUGGAGCGAGCAGAGGUCAUCAAGUCUGAAGAAGGAGCCAGUCUUCCAGUGAUGGAGCUGACUGAGUUGCCCAAGUGCACUGUGUGCCUGGAGAGAAUGGACGAGUCUGUUAAUGGCAUCCUCACCACUCUGUGCAACCACAGCUUUCACAGCCAGUGUCUUCAGCGCUGGGAAGAUGCCUCGUGUCCUGUAUGUAGGUACUGUCAAACACCAGAACCAGUUGAAGAGAACAAAUGCUUUGAAUGUGGAGUGCAGGAGAAUCUGUGGAUAUGCUUGAUCUGCGGUCAUAUUGGAUGUGGUCGCUACGUUAGCCGCCAUGCCUACAAGCACUUUGAAGAAACACAGCAUACCUACGCUAUGCAGCUUACCAAUCACCGAGUCUGGGACUACGCAGGAGAUAACUAUGUACAUCGGCUUGUGGCCAGUAAGACUGACGGGAAGAUGGUGCAGUAUGAGUGUGAGGGAGACACCUGCCAGGCAGAGAAAAUUGAUGCACUCCAGCUAGAGUACUCAUACCUGCUGACAAGUCAGCUCGAGUCUCAAAGGAUUUACUGGGAGAAUAAGAUUGUUCAUCUGGAGAAGGAGACAGCUGAAGAGAUAAACAACAUGAAAGCGAAAUUUAAGGAGACAUUGGAGCGCUGUGAUAACCUAGAGCGACGGUUAGGAGAAAUGACCAAAGACAAACAGAGCAUAGAGAAAAAAUGCACUCAGUUGAACAGUCGAGUGGUGAAGCUGAGCCAAGAGCUGACGGAGGAGCAGGAGAUGAACCGCUGUCUGAGAGCCAAUCAGGCACAGCUGCAGGUACAGCUGGCAGAGGAGGAACGCAAAGCAAAAGAAAGUGAAGAUCGUAAAGAUGGAACAAUAGCAGAACUGCAGGAACAGCUGAGAGACGUGAUGUUUUAUCUGGAGACCCAGCAGCAGAUUGAACAUCUUCCACCAGAGGCUCGCAGCGAAAUUCAAGAGGGACAGAUCAACAUCCCAGCCAGCCCAUCUGACGGCGCUCUGGGUUCGGCGGGAGCAGGCCCCUCCUCUGGCAGGGGCAGAAGAGGCCGAGGCAGGAAGAGGAAGUAGGCAUGGCCUAAACUCAACUGGAACAUGCUAGAAACUGUGUUGCUGCUUCUCACUGUGGACAUGUUUGUGACUGAGCCCAGCCCUUUAUUCAACGUGUAUCUGCAUUAUUGUAAUUCUCAAUAGGGUAAAGGCAGGAAGGAGUAAAUGUUGAUAAUAUUUACCUGCACAUUUUCCUAGCAUAACUCCUAGCUCCUACAAGAAGAGCAUAAGAGAGGAUCGCUCAGUCACUCAAAACAUCAGUGUGAUCUAAAUGUCCUCUUCUCUUUCCAAAACUUAAGAGUAUAUAUUUUGAUCAUAAUUUAUAUUUAUUUGAUCAGAAAUAUUUCAUCUGUGCCCAGGUAGUACCAUAUUAUAGUACUUCUUUUCAAACACUGCGUGAUCUUUUUAUUAUUUUAAAAUGCAAAGAUGGUUCUUUUACAAGUGAGAGUAGAAUCAAGGAAAUUUAUGUCCACAUUUUCUGAGUUUUUCCUUCAUUUCUUUGGACUCGGCUGUUUCAUCUGUUAUGUUCCAAUGUUUUUUUGUUUUUCUUUUUGUUCCUCCAUUUUCAGUAGAAACACUCGUCAGAGAACAUGGAGGAGAAAAUGCCUUUUUCAGCAGUGCAUUGUAUUGGGACAGGAGUCAGUAUUCACAGAAUGCACAGUAUUUUUGUAUGAGGAGCAGGAAGCAUGUUUUGCCAUGUUUUCACCAUCUAGGUUAGUGAUUCCCAACCACUAGUACAACUUGUGUACCUCAGAGGAUUCUACAGCAUUACCAGGAAGUAGUUCAAAGGAUUGUGUAUGUUUGCUAAUGAUUUAUUGAAACUAUGUGGAUCAUGAUUUACUGCUCCUUCCAUCAAUCUGUAUUGUCCCAGUAUCCCUUAUUUUCCAGCUAAUUUCCUGGAAAUCUUUCUCAGAAUUUCUCCCAUAAUAUUCCCAAGACUGUAGUUAUUGACUCUAAAACUACAGUCUAAUACGAUUUUUUUAAUUUACCCUUUAAAACUCUUAAUAUUACUGGCUGCUAUUCUAUUAUUCCUCCAUUUAAAGAUUUAUUUUAAAUUACAAAUAUUGUGCCAUUUGAUGGCAUUGACCUUUGGCUCUAAGACAUUAUGAUAAGCAUCUGUAUUAUUAUGCCAUAUAAACAUUAAGAUAUUCCGAGAAAUGAUUAAAAUAACCAGGGUACAUUAGUUGUACCCUGGUUAUGUGUUACAUACAAUACCAUUGCAUACAAUACUGUGAUCCUUAGAGCUUGUUUAGAAAAAUGCCAGAAGCAUCUGUGACCUUUACAGUUACAAUCCUGAACAUGGUGUCAUAACCUAGAUGAUGAAAUAAGUGACUCAGCUCCCUCCUUGAAUACUAAGAUUUUUUUUCCCUUGCAAAAUGUUCACAAUAAAGCUUUAGAUGAAUCCCUAAGGCCUUAAUUAAAAACUGGUGCAGAAAGCACACAUUGAUUUUUUUUUUUU